AUGUCUCCCGCCGUGAAAUCUGAACCUCGUCGAUAUCCUUCGCUCGUUCAGCUGCGCGACGCUCCAGCCUUCAGUGGCCAGCUGGGGGCAGGCGUCGAUCUCAUGCCCGACUCUGAGGAAGACAUCAGCAUCAUGCCCAACUGCAUGUUUUAUUCUUCCUAUGCCGGCAGCUGUAUUCCGGGAGCCGCUCACUCCCCAUGCAGAUACUGCCGCGCGAAGCAGUUCACGGGCUUAUAUGGAGGAGCCCAGUGUCCGUCGUUCACAUCCUUUCCGCCCGAACUCCAGGCCCUCUACCGUUGGCGCAUUACGCCGGCAAAGCGGUCCCGAGUCAAAGGAUGGACAGACGAGCUCGUUUGCGUCGUGGAGAAAACGCAAGUGGGCGAUCAUGUUCAGAUGCAAAUGCAGCAAAGUGCGAAUCAGGCAGCGGUGCAAGCCUCCGCCGCGAUGCCCGGCGCCGGCUUCGCUGCUCCGUCGCCUUUUGUCAACCCGUAUUACAUCAGCCAGGCGUCGUUCCACUGGCCACAACGCGCAGGAGUCGGGAGUCUCCUUUCCGUUUCUCUUCCGCUCUUCGCGUGUCUAGUAUCUCUUUUAAAAGCAUGA